GAUGGCUGAUCAAAUUCAAAAUACAUCACAGUCUCCUGGACCUUCAAAAAAUAAUUUAAAUGAUAACAAUAUAAACAAUAUCGGUGCUCAACAGAAUGGAGAAUCUUUAGAAAAUAAUAAUGAACAUUCGAAUAUUUUUAUGUUUAAGGAGAUUUGUGGUAUUGAUAAUGAAACAGCCGAGCAAUUAUUACAGGAAUCUGGGGGCGAUUUGGAGGCUGCUAUUCAUCAAUUUUUCUUUUCUCGCGAUCAUCCAGAGAUUCUCGAAAAUCAAAAUAAUGAAAAUCAUGAGGAAUUACUUCAAGAGGAACUACUUCGUCAUCGUCGUCCACGCCUGCCUUCGCCUCUUUCUGAUGAAUUUAAUGAUGAAAUGCGUGCUCUGUUGAAUCAAAACUUAUCUGGUGCCCCGCGACAGCUUCCUGUUCAACGAGCUCCUCCUCGUCAGCUUACUUGGAUUGAAAUGUUUAAAGCUUUAGUUCUUGUACCUUUCCGACUAUUUUAUUGGACAUUUUCUGAAUGUAUUAACUUUUUUUAUCAUUUUUUGGUCGGACCGCCUACUCCUCCAGCAAUUGCAAAUAGGGAACGUAAUAAUGUGCAACAGCGUGAUUUUGUCAAUGUUGUUCAGGAUAGAAUAUUAAUGAAUGAACAACAAAAUGAAUAUAACCGUGCACUUGCUAUUGACAGACAAAAGGCUGAAGAACGUAAGCAACUCGAACAGCAACGUCUUCUCGAAGAAAGGCGUGUUAAAGAGGCUGCAGAGAGAGCUAGAGCGCGAACAGAAAGACUUUGCAGAAAACGAGAGGAAAUUAAAGCUAAUGAAAAUUUGGAUGAAGCAAUUUUAGAGUCUGAUCCCAAAUCUGAAAUUAUUCGAAUUCGUAUCACAUUCCCAAAUGGAGUAAAUGCUGAACGACGUUUUCGACAAAAUGAUAGUCUUGAACGUCUUUUCAAUGCUGUAUUUAUUCAUCCUGAAUGUCCUGAACAUUUCUCUUUGGUUAUUAAUUUUCCUUUUUCUCGAUUAUAUUGUGCUCCUGACUGGUAUUUAAACGAAUUUGAGCAAAAAGAAAAUGGUGAAGUUGUUGGGGAAAAUGGAAUUGCAAUUAAAACUUUUGCUGAAUGUGGAUUGAAAUAUUCUGCUAAUAUAAUGGUUCAAGACGAGGAUGCUUAA